AUGGCUUCUCGUCUGCAACCCGCCUUCCAAGGUGCCGUCUCUGAGGCCUCUAGGACUUUCAACGAUCUCGUCAAGCGCAUCAGUAUUCCUCUAACUCCCACGAGUCCCGCCGGUCUGGUCCAGGCGCACACAGUCGAUCCCUGGGAGAAAUCCGGAAAGUAUGCCCGCGGAUGGUCGUACUUUGCGCUUGCUCUCAUGGGCACCGUUAUUGCCGUGCGAAUAUGGCAUUUCUGGCAAGACAAGAUUCGACAGGCCAUUUACAAGCAAGAAGUUGAGGAGCACUACCGAAACGCCUACGCCCUCGAGCAGGAAUAUGGCAUGUCUGCCCUUCCAACCGGGCAGACCGGCCACACUGCCCAAACUGGCCAGCAGUUCUUCCCCGAGCCCGAAAUGCUAAAUGGGAAGAACUUCCGGCCCAAGGCGCACUUUUCGUCUGUUAACAUCGUCAACGAUACCCUGGCCCUAUUUCGAUGGAUCUUUUACCGUCCUAUCCCGGAUUUUAUCUGGGGUAAACACCGAUUCACCUUCUCCUCGUUGGCAGUUCUCACCUGCGUCUUCAUUGCGCUCGCCUUUGUCACCCUUUACUGCUUCCUCCAGCAGCCCCUUUACUGGCAGAGCAUCCAGUAUGGUUCCCCACCUCUGGCUAUCAGAUCCGGAAUGAUUGCCGUCGCCCUGACGCCGUGGAUUGUCGCAACUAGCAUGAAGGCCAACGUGCUGAGCAUGCUGAUCGGCAUUGGCCCUGAGCGACUCAACGUCUUCCACCGAUGGGCAGCUUAUCUCUGCCUGUUCCUCUCCCUCGUCCACACCAUCCCAUUUUACAUCCAGCCGGUUUGGGAUGACGGUGGCAUGGAGAUUUACCAGCGCCUCUUUCCUGGUGGCAGUGGUGUCAUCUAUGGCACUGGAAUUGCCUGCCUGGUCCCUCUGGUGUGGCUCUGUGUCGCCUCCCUACCAUUCAUCAGGAGAAUUGCAUAUGAAGCUUUCGUUUGGUUGCAUAUUCCCGUCUCUAUGGUGUACGUUGGACUCCUUUUUUGGCACACCAAGAACUUUCUCAUGUCUUGGAGCUAUCUCUGGACCACUGUGGCCAUCUGGGUCUUCUGCUACAUGAUGAGACUGUUCAAGCUCAACUGGGUGAGACCAUGGCGCCUAUCAUUCAUGGUUGGCGACGAGGCCGCCAUUACUUUGAUGGCAGAGAAUGCUAUUAAAAUUACUAUCCCGACUCAGAUGCGAUGGAAGCCUGGACAGUACGUCUGCCUGCGUAUGCCAGGCAUCUCUGUUUUUGAGAACCACCCCUUUACGAUCUCGUCGCUCUGCAGCGACGACUUCCCGUCCGACUAUGGCGAGCAGUACCGGGACUGCACCCUUGUGUUCAGACCCUAUGGUGGGUUUACGCGCAAGGUCUUGGAUACCGCUAUUGAGAAGGGACCGUUCCACACCUAUCGUGCGUUCCUGGACGGCCCAUAUGGUGGUAUGCGACGUGAUCUCGCCGCUUUCGACACCUGCAUCCUAAUUGCAGGAGGCAGCGGCGUCACUGCACUGGUGUCCCAACUUCUGGAUCUUAUCAAGAGGAUGAGAGACGGCAAGGCAAUUACCAAGAAGGUAGUUGUCGUUUGGGCCUUGAAGCGACUAGAGGCUAUGGAUUGGUUCCGUGAGGAAUUGCGAAUUUGCCGAGAAGCUGCUCCGCCGGAGAGUGUCACCUGCAAGUUCUUCGUUACUUCAGCUGUGAGGAACCGUGGAAUGCAGAUGACAGGCCCAUUUAGUGACCCGAACGGUCCCAACGGUCCCAAUGGCCCCAACGGCCCUCGAGCCCUGACCCACGCGUUCCAUGAUAAGCUGGAUGGUUUUGUGGCAGGCAUUGCAUCCAAGCGAAAUUCUGCUCUCAUCCAAGCAGAGGCCCAGGGCGAUCCUGACCGCGAACGCGAGCUGCGCGCUGAAGAUGAGGAUCGCAUUACCGCCCUGCCGCAACAAAAAUACCUCCAACCCCAUCUCCCUCCGCCGCCCUCUGGACCUCCGCCAUCCCACCAGUAUUCAGCAACCGACGAGUCGCUGAAGAGACUUGAGGGUCAUGGUUAUCCGGAAGACAAGAAGAUGCCAAUGGAGGAUGCUCAGGACCAAGAGUUCCACUUCCCGUCCAUGCACAAGGAGAACCAACCUCACUUCAAUUACGCACCACCCUCACCGCGGAGGCCGCAUGCUGAGUCUAGCCCGACCGGCGAGAACUUCCCCGUCAACCCCCCGGAGCUUGCCCACCUUCGACGACAGGCCGACCCCGAAGGCGGCAAGCCUCGCCCGACGUCAACUUUCGGCCCACCAUCGGGCUUCGAUUUUGGCUUUCCCCAGACACCAACCGAGUUCCAAAAGAGUCUGAUGCGCUUCGCCUUCCCCGUGCCGCACCAGAUCGACGGCGGAUGGAGUGUCGAGUAUGGUCGACCAGACCUGGGUUACAUGCUUAAGGAGUGGGCGACCGGUGGACCCGAUGGACGGGGCAUUCUGGGCCGGCGCACGGCGGUCUAUGUGUGCGGGCCGCCCGCGAUGCGAGUCGGCGUUGCCAACACGGUGGCCAAGCUGCAGGCGGAGAUUUGGGGAGACGAUGAGUUGGAGGAGAUUUACUUGCAUACGGAGAAUUAUGCUUUACUCCCCGAGAGGGAUAUAGAAAAGAUCUCAAAGGGAUGGUCCAUUGCCAUGAACUACUCCCAGGAGCGCUUGAAACGAGUCUACGAACUCGAGUGCGACCAGCUCGAGAACGCUGUCAACGAGGGCCGUGUGGUCCUCGAGACUGUCUGUCUAUUCAUGCACGCCUGUAUCAAGCAUGGCCAAUACAAACUGCCGCUCGAGUUCUGGCGGGUUCUCCACGCCGAGUACGGUAUCGUCGUGUACCCAUCGGCGUUUACAGAGGACGUCGAGGUCCAAGGACUGGGCACCGAUGUGACAUUUACCGAGGCUUACUAUGGCCACAUAACCACAAACAAACACACACUCACUACUUCACGCCUCUUCUCGCUGUCCCGCAACUCCAUCACGAUUAGCCCUCCACACGCCCUCCUCGCCCUCAAACUCCUCACGCUUCCACACCUCGACCCCGGCCUUGCACUCCUCCAACGCCUCCUCCCCCGCACGCCACGCCGCCUGGCGGUGCGGCGAGGACACGGCGAUCAGGAUGCUCUCCUCGCCGAUGGGCACGGUGCCCAGGCGGUGGAUCAUGGCGAUGCCCUUGAGGCCGUGCUUGGUGCGCAUGGUCUGGGCGAUGGCGAGCAUGGACCGCAGCGCGCGGGGGUGGUAGGAUGA